AUGGUCAUCGCCCUUGCCAUCCGGAAAGACAUAGUGGUACGACUGUCUUGUCUGCCGCAGGACAUAAACGAUUACCUGACGAGUCUCCACCUGCCUCUUCGUGGAUCAAACUUCGCCACAAUCAUCAGCGCCUACGCCUCAACAAUGACCGAUUCAGACGAGGCGAAGAUGAAGUUCUACGAAAACUUGAACACCCUCCUGGCAUCUGUGUCGAGGGCAGUUAGACUGAUUGUCCUCGGUGACUUCAACGCUUGCGUCGGCACAGACCAUGCUGCCUGGAGAGGAGUGCUGGGUGCCCAUGAUUUCGGUGGUUUUAAUGAGAAUGGCAUGCUUCUCCCGCGAACCUGCGCAGAUCACUGUCCCAUCCCGACCAACACACUAUUCCACCCUCCGACGCGUGAGAAUACGAGCUGGAUGCACCCUCGGUCGCUGAAAUGACACCUGCUGGGCUAUGUUCUCAUCAGGAGGCGAAGCCAGCAGGGCGUGCUGGUGACAAAGGCGAUCCCGGAUGCAGACGGAUUAACUGACCAUUGCCUCGUCAUCUCCAAGAUAAGGAUCCGCCUACAGCCACUCACGCGACCUCAAGGUAAGCGACUACUGCGCCAGUUGAAUACUAGAGCUACUAGUAUGGUAUCUUCUAAUGUUAGAAUAUACUACUAGCUGCCCGUCAGUAGUUAAUGAAUAUUACGCGGUUAUGCCGCUGUGGCUGAUGGACUUCGGCCCAAACAUUCAUGCAUCAGAUUUCGGUCUGCGCCCAUAGACCACAGACUUUUGCAUAAACUCGCCUGUUCGCUUCUAGUAGCAAUCUUUUUGGUCGCGAAGCUCUCUGAUAGCCCAACGGUGGGAAACCUUUGCCCUUCGAGAGUCGUCUACAUAUGCACAGAUUCGAUUUCUGCACAGGUGUCUCGACAACAAUGUGCUGCCGAAGCGUGUUUCAUACAAACCUCCUGUUAACACAGAGCUGGCGAGACACGCAGUACUUCAGCAUGGCCGACGAAUGAUUCGAGUGCUCCUUCAGACGUGCUUUCCAAGGUCGGCCGCGAUGCACUUAAGGAACUCAGGGCCAAGAACGACCUCAGUAUCGUGCAUGCGGGCAUGGGGCGUUCCACAGUCGUUUUGGACAGGACAGACUACGAUCAGAAAGCCAAAAGUUGAUUGGAGGAUCGUCAGUCCUAUGUCCCAUACAAACCCAACCCCAUAAAAACGUUAACACGCGAGAUUAACGCGACACUGUUGGCAAUGGAGAACUCAAGUGCAAUAUCGCCAAUCGACCGACGCAUGGCGAGAGCGCAAGAAACGGCCCUGGCCCGAUUCUACGGUCUCCAAAAAGUACGCAAAGAGGGCGCUUCUCUCCAGCCUAUCGUAUCACUAAACGGCACUCCAAUCUACGGACUGGAAAAGUGGCUGUUUUGGUCGUCUUAAGUUUCUGACUUCCGAUUUGAACAUCACAGUCAGCCCGUCUACACGAUUCUUGGAGAAACUUAAAGGACUAAGCCCCCUGCCAAGCAAUGUCAUGAUUUCCUUUGAUGUCAAGUCCAUUUUUACUUUUAUCCCGCAGGACCUGGCAGUCGAGAUCAUCGAACUACUCCUACGAGAGUAAUACGACGAAACGGAGAAUCGCCUUGGACACGUCCAAAUCAUGCAGCUCCUGAAGUUCUGUCUCAAGACGUACUUUACGUUCGACGAAACAAUCUACGAGCAGGUGAAGGAAACGCCAAUGGGUUCGCUGAUUUCGGGACCCAUAGUCGAGGCAGUCCUACAACGGUUGGAGUCGCUGGUUUCCCGACACCAAAGACCGUAAUUCUGGCCUCGGUAUGUACCGUCAUGGAUCAGGUGCUGACAUUCAAAGAAUACUUCAACGUUGUCUCCCCGGACAUUUAAUUUAUGAUGGAGGAGGAAGAAAACAGCCAUCUGGCCUUUCUGGAUGUCCUCAUCUGUCGCAAAGAUUGUGGUGGCAUAAAAACCAAAAUGUUCAGGAAAGCGACAAAUGGGACGCAAAUACUGAACUUCAACAGCAACCACCCGAUCAGUCACAAACGCAGUUGCGUAAGGGCGCUAUACCGGCGCGUUGAGACGGACUGCAGUGAAGUAAGAGACAAGGUUGCUGAAUUACAAUAUCUUCGACGGGUACUGAGAGCCAAUGGCUAUCAGCGCAACUUUGUCAACCAUUGCAUACAAAAACGACACCAGAGACCAAAUCCAACAGCCCCCAAAUUUUGGCGGGCUCUUCCGUACGUGAAGAACGUUUCGGAAGCCGUCAGUCGUCUUCUAACUCCACUUGGAGUUGGGGUUGCACACAGACCGGAAGCAGACAUCAGGCGCCAGGCCAUGAGGCCGAAAGACCCACUUCCACGGCAGGAAACGUCUGGAGUCCUUUACCGGAUCUGGUGCAAUUGCGGACGAAGCAACUACGUCGGAGAAACUAGGAGAUUACUCCAUACGCGUAUGGCCAAGCAAACAGCAGCAAUGAGGCGGGGAGACGUUAGCUCUCAGGUGGCGGCUCAUUCCACGGGACCCGGUCAUAUUUUCAAGUUUCAAGAGGCCGAAAUCCUCGCAUGGGGUGACAACCGCGUGAGCCGCGAGCUGCUCGAGUCAUGGUUCUCAGGCCCACAAGCCAUCAACAAGCUCAAUGACCUCCCGUUGCCAUAUUUCGUGCUGAGAUAUUCCUUGAGCAGGGGAAUCAGUCACGUGGGGAGGGGGCGGGUGAGCCACUAUCCCAGUGACAGUGAGCAAAUUUGCCGAGCAAUCGUCACGCCAGAAUGACCAUUAACGACUCGGACGCGGACUGACAAGCCACUAUCGCAUCAAUUACGACCCCCGCGGCAAUUUCGAGAGCUGUUAAUUACAGUACACAUAUGGUCCUACGUGCUUUAAAUACUGCGCUCCUCUUCUGAACUGUCACCUUGAACUCGCCUGUUCGCUCCUAACAGUGAUCUACUCCAAGUUAGCAGUCAACUUCCUGGGAGAUUAAAGAACAACGAUUCCUAAACGGGAGUAUCUAUCAGAUAGUACGCGGAGAGUGCUGGGGGGCCCACUGAAGAGCCAAAUCCCUCGCAGUUGUACCAUGCAGCGGCAGAAUAUCGGCGAAACACGAGGAGCUGGCCAUUUAGCUAGUACCUGUGCUGUUAAUAUGGUAUCUUCUAACGCCAAAAGCUGAAUACUGUUUUGUCGAAUGUGCCUGUUCACCAUCCUCAUCUCAGCAACGAGCUGGCCUGCCGGCUAGCCAACCUUAUCGUCGCCGCCGGCGAGGUCGCCUCUGUGAGGAAUCGAUGGUGUCAGCUGAGGGAUAUGAUCCAGUCAACCGUCCUGGAUCUCCUAUACCGUGCUCGUCGUCAGCACUAGGACAGGUUCGGAGACAACGACGUCGCUAUCAGCCACUUACUUUCUGAGAAGAACCGGCUGCAAAAUGCCUAUUUCGACCGCCCCACCGACGACAACAGAGCAGCAUACUACCGUAGGCACCACCUUGUGCAGCAGGCCAGAACGGCUAGCAAUACCGAGGAGAUCCAAAGAUACGCGGACUGCAACAAGUGGAAGAACUCCUCCGCGAUCAAGACAUCUACGGUUCCACAGCCAAAGGAACCCCUUCUCUUCUCAGCACCGAUGGAACUACCCUUCUCACCGAGAAGUCGCAAAUUCUGAAGUUAUGGGUCGGGCAAUUCAGAAGCGUCCUUAACGGCCUUUCUACCAUCUCCGACACUACCAUCGACCCAAGUGGAGAUCAACGCCGACUCCGACCUCCCCUCUCUCCACGAAGCAAUCAGAGCCGUGCAGCAACCCUUCAGUGGGAAAGCCCCUGGAUCAGAUGCGAUUCCUGCUAAAAUCUACAAUCACGGCGCUCUUCAACUCACGAAUCACCUAACAGCGUUCUUCUAGGAGGUAUGGCGCCAAGGAAAAGUCCCACAGAAUUUCAAAAACGCCGCAGUCGUCCAUCUCUAGAAGCGGGAAGUGAAUCGACAAAUCCGUGACAACCACAGCGCAAUCCCGCUCCCCAAUAUCGCCAGAAAAAUUUUCCUUCCCUUUCUCAUAAAUAUCCUUAGCAGUCAACUGGCCAGUACGGCCUCCACAAUCAUCGCUGCACCACUAACAUGAUCUUCGCAUUCCGCCAGCUGAAGCAAUGUCAGGAGAUGCGGAUUCACCUCUACUCUAUCCUCUCGAAUCUGGGUCAGGCCUUUGACACGGUGAAUCGCGAAGGACUGUGGAAAAUUAUGCAAAAAACUUGACUGUCCCGGGUGAUUUACUUAGGUGGUACUUUAGCUCCGCGAUGACAUGACGGCGCCAAUCACGGACAACGGAACUGUCUCAGCGACAUUUGCGUUGCCCAGCGAAGUGGAGCAGGACUGCGUCCUCGAUCCAACCCUCUUGAGUCUCAUGUUUUCUGCCGUGCAAAUGGGCUCCUGCGUGACGAACUCCCCGGGAUCUGUCUAGCCGGCAGGAUAGACGCAAACUCCGCAAUUGUCGGUGAAUGUACCUCCAGUCGCGUGCAUACGCAGCAUCCAUGCACGGACUUUUCUUCAUUGAAAGCUGCGCACUUAACAAUUCUAUCAACGAAGAGAUAAAACUGAGCAUGGAUCUCUUCAUUUCCGACUGCGUCCGCUUGAAAUGACCAUCAACACGGACAACAGAGUGGUCAUGCGUCAACAGCUACCGAACGCGUCCACUUCAACGGCACCGAACUGAAGACGGUCGGCAACAUCAACUACAUGGGCAGCAAAAUGUCACACUGCAUUCGAAUCGAUGACAAAGUGGCCCCCUGGAUCGCCAGAAUCAGAUAAUUCUUCUAGUGGCUGCAAGACCUUGUGUGGAAUUGCCACGGUUUUUAAAUGAACACCAAACUGAAGGUGCACAAGGCCGUCGUCCUGACGACACUUUUGUAUGGGCCGUCUACUCCGGCCAUGCCAGGAAUUUCAGCCACUUCCAUAUCACCUGCCUGUGUGGAUUACUAAAUCUGAGAUGGCAGUACCGGGUCCCAAAUACGGAAAUGCCGGAACAGACAGGAAUCCUCAGCAUCCACGUUAUGCUGAGACAACUGCAGCUGGGUUGGAGCGUCCACCUAAUGAGAAUGGACGACGAGCGACCACCCAAAAGACUGUUUCAUGGAGAUGUCGCCAAGGGUACUCGUCGACAAGGUAGAAAGGACGACGAUAAUAGGACACUGUUAAGAAAUCGCUGAAACAACUGCAGAUAAACCGAGAGACCUUAGAGGACCUCGGCCAGAACAAACCGUCCUGGAAAAGAGGAGUGAAGACCAGUGGCUAUCUACGAAACAAACCACGUUAUAGUCCUCAGAGACAAAAUGGAGGCCCGCAAGUCACAAAUCCCUUAACUCCCAAAUGCCGACAGUCCGUUGUUUCCAACAUACCUGAGCUGCAUAAGCACCUUCCGCAGCGAAUCGGCCUCGUAAGAUACCUUCGGACGCCAUGCACCAAAAACCUGGCAUCGCCAAUUUCUCUUCCACUCUCGUCCCUGCCGCAAACCGCGCGAUUACGAGCAUUCCUGUCACUUACGAUCAUACCGUCGUCUCCCCGCCGCCGCCAAUCACAGACAUCAUUCGUCCCGCCUCAACCUCUGCGGCGACCAGCUUCGCCAAUACCACGAUAUCUCGCACUCCCCAGGCCGAUGAAAUGACGUCCGACGUCCCAUCAUCUGCUACCAUCACCACCAGCAUCCCCAUUACCAGCGAUGUGGACUCGGUCCCAGCCUUUCCUCAUUGCGAUCGCACAUUCACAUCCCAACAUCGGUCUGAUCGGUAA